AGGUUUUAGCAUAAAGUCAGUCCCUCUCUGCGUGUGGGGAUCGAGCCUUCACUUUUUCCAGCACCCUUCAUGACAGACAAAUGUCAGAUAAGGAAACGUGAGCUUUCUCAUCUUUUUUUUUGCAGUCCAGGGAACUUUCUACAUGACGGUUGAUCGGUACAUCAUUUCAGGACAGCAGCUCAGCCACAGCAAAGUUCCAUUUUUCGGGGAUUACUUCCACCAAAGAGGUAUUUAACAUCCAGUGGGUCACGGGGAUGGAGUUUAAUCUUCUGGCGGACGCCGAGGCCCGCAGCCCCGCACUGUCUCUGUCCGACUCCGGCACUCCGCAGCACGACGCGGCGUGUAAAGGCCAGGACAACAGCGACACAGAGAAGUCUCAUCAGAAUCAGACAGAUGAAUCAAACCCUGAGGAUGGCUCUUUGAAAAAGAAGCAGCGCAGGCAGAGGACACAUUUCACCAGCCAGCAACUACAGGAACUAGAAGCCACUUUCCAAAGAAACCGUUACCCAGACAUGAGCACACGAGAGGAAAUCGCCGUAUGGACAAAUCUCACAGAAGCAAGAGUGAGGGUAUGGUUUAAAAACCGUCGUGCAAAGUGGAGAAAGAGAGAGAGGAACCAGCAGGCUGAGCUGUGUAAGAAUGGCUUUGGUCCCCAGUUUAAUGGACUCAUGCAGCCAUAUGACGAUAUGUACCCUGGCUAUUCAUACAACAAUUGGGCCACCAAGAGCUUGGCUAGCAGCCCCCUAUCAGCCAAAAACUUCCCUUUCUUUAACUCUAUGAAUGUUAGCCCCCUGUCUUCACAGCCCAUGUUCUCCCCCCCUAACUCCAUCCCCUCCAUGAACAUGGCUUCCUCCAUGGUUCCCUCAGCAGUGACAGGGGUGCCGGGAUCAGGCCUGAAUAACCUGGGCAACUUGAACAAUCUGAACAGCCCUACGCUCAACACAGUGGCAGUGUCAGCGGCCACCUGCCCCUACGCCACCACGGCCAGCCCCUACAUGUACAGAGACACUUGUAACUCCAGCCUGGCUAGUCUCCGGCUCAAAGCAAAGCAACACACCAACUUUGCAUACCCGGCUGUGCAAAACCCUGUAUCUAACUUAAGCCCAUGCCAGUAUGCAGUCGAUCGGCCUGUAUGAAUCUCAUCUGCUUGUAUGCGAAUAUCCCCAUCCUGUCCUUAAACCCACUACUGAUCUAAUCUGCUUUUUCAUUCGAAGGCAUCACCCAGCAACAUGGACUGGCAAAAAAACACAAAACAGAGACCAUAGGAAUAAGAUUCAUGAGGAAAUAACUCGAAAUGGACCAUGACUCAAAGGACUUGAUCAUGACACUUGGCUUUUUAACUGAUCAAGUGGAUCUUUAAACCUUUCUCUCCAGCAUGACUAGAGUGAAUUACAAACAAGACGAUGGAAUGCUUUUUACUGCAUUGGUAGAAAAGCCUUGCAAGGAAAAGUGUCCAAAAUACAUUUGCCACAAGCCCACACUAAGGCACAUGUGUCUGCCAUACAGGCAAAAGGAUGUACAUAAUGGCUUUCUGUUUUGUAUGUGACAAAAUUAUCCAUGAAAUGUAGUAUUUUAAAGAAUGAUUUAAGCAUGUUCCUCAAGAGCAGAACCUGGAUAAAUGUGGAUUUUAAAGGAAUUUUAAUCUUUGUUGUGAAUUCCAUUCACCUAGGGUAAGAGGUCGUGUCAAAGGUUGCUGUCAGACAGAAGUAGCAAUGCUUAGUUUGAGAGAAAGACAAAUAGGUUGAAAUAAAAAAUAAGUUCUAGCUCUGCUGCAACAUAGAACAUUCAAUUUUUUUUUUUUACUAAAAAGCCAUUGAAUAUAGUUUUGUGUGGUGUUCUAAAAAGGGAGUCUAUGACUGUAAAAUAAUGUAUGUAAGAGUGCAGUUGUUGAAAAAAAUCUUUUUUUCUGGUGUAGCCUGAUUUGUCUCAUUAAAAUGAAAAUAAAGAAUUAUUUGUUUUAA